AAUACAUCUUCUGCUGGGACCCUAUACCGGCCUCUCCCUUAAGGCUGGAUGAUAGUAGCAGACAGGGAGGAAGUAAUAACUCCGCUUCAUUCACACGCUUGCUGGAUAGGGGAGCUAUUGGAUACGUUUUUUUAUCUUGCUAUUUCCAGCCCUUCUGUUUGGCUGGAAGAAAAGAAAAACUUCUGUGAUUACAGUUACUUUAUCCUUGUGGACUAACAAGAAAAGAAACUUGUGAGUGGAGGAAAUUUGGGAGCCAUCCCUAAGAAGGGUGCAAUGGCCAAAAUGGAGGUGAAAACAUCCCUUCUAGACAACAUGAUAGGUGUGGGUGAUAUGGUACUGCUGGAACCUCUCAAUGAAGAUUCCUUUAUUGAUAACCUCAAACAGCGUUUUGAUCACAGUGAAAUAUAUACAUACAUUGGCAGCGUGGUUAUAUCUGUGAAUCCAUAUAGGACGCUUCCAAUUUACACACCAGACAAAGUGGAGGAAUACAGAAACCGAAAUUUCUAUGAACUCAGUCCACACAUCUAUGCCCUCGCAGAUGAAGCUUAUCGUUCCCUGAGAGACCAGGAUAAAGAUCAAUGCAUAUUAAUUACAGGAGAAAGUGGAGCUGGAAAAACAGAGGCCAGUAAGCUGGUAAUGUCAUAUGUAGCAGCUGUCUGUGGAAAGGGAGCUGAAGUUAAUCAAGUCAAGGAACAGCUUUUACAGUCAAAUCCAGUUCUUGAAGCAUUUGGCAAUGCAAAAACAGCAAGGAAUGAUAACUCUUCACGAUUUGGCAAGUAUAUGGACAUUGAAUUUAAUUUCAAGGGUGAUCCUCUUGGUGGAGUCAUAAGCAAUUAUCUAUUGGAAAAGUCCAGAGUGGUGAAGCAACCAAGAGGAGAAAGAAAUUUCCAUAUAUUUUAUCAGAUGCUGUCUGGUGCUUCAGAUGAUCUCCUUGAUAAACUUAAGCUUGAGCGUGACUUCAGCAAAUACAACUACUUAAGUCUGGACUCUGCAAAAGUGAAUGGCAUCGACGAUGCAUCGAAUUUCAGAACCGUCAGGAAUGCUAUGCAGAUAGUUGGGUUUUUGGACCAUGAAACACAGUCUGUCCUGGCAAUAGUGGCUGCAGUACUAAAACUGGGAAAUAUUGAGUUUAAGCCAGAAUCUCGAGUCAAUGGCCUGGACGAAAGUAAAGUCAAAGAUAAAAAUGAGCUGAAAGAGAUUUGCGAGUUGAUGGGCAUCGAGCAAACCGUGCUAGAAAGAGCAUUUAGUUUCCGGACUGUGGAAGCCAAACAGGAAAAAGUAUCCACAACGCUUAAUGUUGCUCAGGCCUACUACGCACGUGAUGCUCUGGCUAAGAACAUGUACAGCAGGUUGUUUUCAUGGCUUGUCCAAAGAAUAAAUGAGAGCAUAAAGGCACAAAGUAAAGUAAGGAAGAAGGUGAUGGGUGUUCUGGAUAUUUAUGGUUUUGAGAUUUUUGAGGAAAACAGCUUUGAACAGUUUAUCAUAAACUAUUGUAAUGAGAAGCUGCAGCAGAUCUUCAUUGAGCUAACGCUUAAGGAGGAGCAAGAAGAAUACAUUCGUGAGGGCAUUGAGUGGACCCAUAUUGAAUACUUCAAUAAUGCUGUCAUUUGCGAUUUGAUAGAAAAUAAUCAGAAUGGAAUUAUAGCCAUGCUGGAUGAAGAAUGUCUCCGUCCUGGCACAGUUACGGAUGAUACUUUCUUGGAGAAGCUGAACCAAGUCUGUGCCACUCAUCAGCAUUUUGAGAGCAGAAUGAGCAAGUGCUCGCGUUUCCUGAACGAUACGUCUCUACCGCACUGCUGCUUCCGAAUCCAGCAUUACGCUGGCAAGGUAAUGUACCAAGUAGAAGGAUUUGUCGAUAAGAACAACGACCUCCUCUAUCGUGACUUGUCACAAGCCAUGUGGAAAGCAAACCACUCUCUCAUUAAAGAAUUGUUUCCUGAAGGGAAUCCAGCCAAGAUUAAUCUCAAGAGACCUCCCACUGCAGGUUCACAGUUUAAGGCUUCGGUUUCAACCCUAAUGAAGAACCUUCAAACCAAGAAUCCCAAUUACAUUAGAUGCAUCAAACCGAAUGACAAGAAGGCUGCCCAUAUUUUUAAUGAUGCUCUUGUGCGUCAUCAAGUCAAUUACCUUGGUCUUCUAGAAAAUGUUCGGGUCAGAAGGGCAGGCUUUGCUUUCAGACAACCAUAUGAACCUUGUUUAAAAAGGUACAAGAUGCUGUGUAAGCAGACAUGGCCUCACUGGAAAGGACCAGCUAGAGAUGGCGUAGAAGUGCUUCUUAAUAACCUGAAAAUACCCAAAGAAGAAUAUUCUUUUGGGAGAUCUAAAAUAUUCAUCCGUAAUCCACGAACGCUUUUUAAGCUGGAAGAACUUAGAAAGGAGCGCCUGGAGGAUCUCGCCACCCUCAUCCAGAAAAUAUACAGGGGAUGGAAGUGUCGGACUCGAUUCCUCCUCAUGAAGAAAAGCCAGAUUGUGGUGUCUGCGUGGGUCAGGCGCUAUCUGCAACAGAAUAAGUACAAACGAAUUAAGAGCUCUACCAUUGUGGUACAGUCCUACACCAGAGGUUGGAAGGCACGGAAAAUCCUUAGAGAACUUAAAUACCAGAAACGUUGCAAUGAAGCAGUGACCACCAUCGCAGCUUACUGGCACGGAACACAGGCGCGAAGGGAGCUGAGGCGACUGAAGGAAGAGGCUAGGAAUAAACAUGCUAUUGCUGUUAUUUGGGCUUACUGGCUUGGACUUAAGGCUCGAAGGGAAUUGAAGCGCUUGAAGGAAGAGGCUAGGCGUAAGCAUGCAGUUGCAGUCAUUUGGGCUUACUGGCUUGGACUAAAGGUCCGUAGAGAGUAUAGGAAGUUUUUCCGUGCAAAUGCUGGAAAGAAGAUAUAUGCAUUCACUAUUCAAAGAAUAAUACAGAAGUACUUUCUGGAAAUGAAGAAUAAGAUGCCUUCAGUAUCGCCAAUAGACAAUAAUUGGCCGACAAGACCUUACCUCUUUUUGGACUCUACACACAAGGAAAUGAAAAGGAUUUUCCAUCUGUGGAGGUGCAAAAAAUAUAGGGACCAAUUCACAGAGCAGAAGAAAUUCAUUUAUGAUGAGAAACUGGAAGCCAGCGAACUCUUCAAGGACAAGAAGUUGUCGUAUCCUGCCAGUGUUGGGCAGCCAUUCCACGGUGAUUACUUGGAAAUCAGCAAGAACCCCAAGUACAAGAAGCUAAGUGAUACAAUAGAAGAGAAGAUCAUAAUAGCAGACACUGUAAAUAAGAUAAACCGAGCCAAUGGGAAGGGGGCCACCAGGAUUUUCUUGCUGACAAAGAGUAAUGUCACUAUUGCUGACCAGAAGUCGGGCCAAAUCAAGCUGGAGGUUCCUCUGGGAGAUAUCACCAAAGUUAGCAUGAGUUCUCAAAAUGAUGGUUUCUUUGCUCUUCAUCUAAAGGAGGGUUCUGCAGCAGCUUGCAAAGGCGAUUUCCUGUUCAGCAGCGAUCAUCUUAUAGAAAUGGCCACCAAACUCUACCGUACAACACUGAUGCAAACAAAGCAAAAAAUUUACAUAGAGAUUGCAGAUGAGUUCCUUGUGCAGUUCAAGCAGGACAAAGUCUGUGUGAAGUUCAUCCAGGGGACCCAGAAGAACGGCAACAUCCCCACCUGCAAACGAAAAAAUAACCGCCUGUUGGAAGUGGCUGUGCCCUAACCACGUUUUGUUUUUUUAACCUAUGAACUUGAUUUUACCGGUGCAAUUUUUAAAGAGGCGUUUUUGUUUUUAAUUAUUUGUAGGUUGUGCCAAAGGCUUGGAGUUUUCCAAUGCACCUGUUUGGCCCAUACAAUAUGACAAUCUUCUGAACAUUUUUAAGCUUUUUAGUACCUUAUCUUUUUUUGAAGGGGAAUGUAUCCGAUUAUGGUUAAUCCAAAGAAAGAUGGUUUUUUUCUGAACAUUAAGCAUAUUUCACUUAUAACAGCAGAGCCCAUGAUAGGCGAGACCAGCAUCUCUCUGUAUAUUUAAAUGUGGUUCAGUAUGUAUAAAAUCU